GUCAAUUUGCAUCAACAUCAAAGGUUCUUUCAGAGAACUAUAUAGACACCUGGAACGCAAUGUUUCUGAAACGCAAACAGUGCCGACGCGGAGCAGGGUCAACCCAGACCUUCUUGGGAGGAGCAACGGAGUGAUGACGCCGCCUCGCCGGCUCAUCCGGGAGCGCGCCGAGGCGGCGGUGGCUUCUCUGGUGGCAGUCCGCGCCCACGAGAUCCCUCCGUUGAUGAACGCAGCCGCCACCUUCUUCUUCAUCCUGAGCGCCUACUUCGUGGUGCUACCUCUGCGGGACGAGGGUGCCAUCUCCCUGGGGCUCGACACCCUCCCGGGCCUCUUCGCCGGCUCCCUCUUCCUCACCGUCAUCGCCGCCCCAGUCGCAUCCCUGGCCUUCUCCCUCCCAUCCAUCCCUAAGCCCAGGGCUUUGGUGAUGAUACACAGGUUCUUCAGCAUAUCUCUUCUUGCAUUUUUUGUGCUUUGGUAUACCUCUACACCAGGGCAGUCUGGAUCCAUUUCCCAGUCAAGUGAAGAGGGUUUCUAUCAACCUGCUGGAUGGAGAAAUCAGAGCUUGUUCUACAUAAUAGUGAGAAUCAGUUUGUUUCUUUGGGUUGCUUUGCUAAAUCUCAUUACAGUAUCAUCAACUUGGGCAAGGGUGAUUGAUGUCAUGGACAGUGAGUCAGGUUCAAGAUUAUUUGGUUUCAUUGGGGCUGGUGCUACGCUAGGGCAACUUUUUGGUUCGUUGUUUGCUGCAAGCAUGGCAUGGCUGGGACCAUUUCUGCUCCUAUUUUCUUCGCUCUUGAUGGAGCUUGCUGCACUGUCAUCAAAAGGAGUCUGCAUUGAUGGAAUUCAUGCUUCAGCUGAACUCUCUCAAACAGGGGGAGGAGAAGUUCCUAAUACUCAAGCUGAUGAUGAAAUGUCUUCACUCGUCACUUCGCCUAGAUCACCUAUGCGAUCUCAAAAGUCCAAACCUGAUUUUUUUAUAAUGUUUGAAGGUUUCUGGCUGAUCUUCCGAUCACCCUACCUGAAAUACAUAUCUCUGUUUCUUUGGUUAAGUGCAGUUGUCUCAUCUGUAUUUUACUUUCAGAAAGUGACAAUAGUUGCUACUACAAUAUCAAGCCCAACUGCCAGAAGGAGAACAUUUGCACUGAUAAACAGCUUUAUAGCAAUUUUUAUUCUAGCGGGACAGCUCACUUUGACGGGUCAUAUCCUUUCAGUGGCUGGUGUCACACUUGCUAUCUGUGCAUCUCCCUUUGUUGCUGCCUCAAAUUUGGUUGCACUUGCUGUAUGGCCAACUUGGGUUUCUGUGGCUAUCACUGAAACAAUAAGAAAGGUAACCACUUAUGUUUUGACAAGACCUGGAAGGGAGUUAUUAUUCACAGUUGUCUCACAGGAUGAAAAAUACAAAGCAAAGGUCUGUAUAGAUGUUAUUGUACAAAGGCUUGGUGAUGCGACAGCAGCUGGAAUUUACAGGCUCUUGUUCAGCAGCCUUGAGAAGAAAACAUCCAUGAUCACCCUCUAUGCAUUGCCGCUCUGCUUCCUGUGGCUUCUCAUUGCAUUUCAUUUGGGCCGGCUCCAGACGAAUCUUGCCAGGCUUCAGGCUGCUUCUGCCCCGGCCUAUUCCUGAACAUGCAUAUAGGGAUGGAGACCCAAAAAAGGCCUCCCUUCAUCUUUCAUGUUGUUGUUCUCACCGCAAGAUCAAGCAACUAUUUUAGGGUUCCAAGUUUUACUUAACUCGGGGAGCUACUGCAAGUGUCCCUGGACUUGGGGAGGCCCAUUCAGAAUAAGUUAGGCUGUCAUCAAUAGUUAUUUUAUUUACACAUUUUUGAGGGAUUUUCUUUUUGAAAAACUUGCAGGAGCACUGCUUUAUCAUUUAAGUAGGGGAAGCAAAACAGUUCUUUCAUACUUGAUAUUACAUAAAAAUGGUACAUUGAUGCUCAUAAAAGAAAGUACAGAUACACUAAUCAUGAAACUAAAGGAAUCUCAGGCUCACCAGAAGCUACCUUUUGGACCA